AUGAAGGGCGGGGCGCCGGCGGGGCAGGGCCGGGCGGUGCGGCCGGGUGGUGCGGUGCGGCCGGGCGGCGGCGGCUCGGGACGGGGGCGAGGCGGUGCGGGGCGGCCGGCAACUUGGAACGGGGGCGGCGCGGGCGGGUGGGCGGGGCGCAGCCGGCGGUGGCGGCUCGUCUGGGCGGCGACGGCUCGGGACGGGCGGGGCGGGGCGGGGGCGGCUCAGGCGCGGCCAGGCGGGCGGGGCGGGGCGGGCGGCGGCGGCGGCUCGGCUAGGCGGGGAGGGCGGCAGCGUGGCCGGGCGGCGGCAGGGGUGAGGGGUCGGGGCGGCUCGGGCAGGGAGAGAGAGGGAAUGGACAGAUUGGGCGCGGGCGCGGCCCCUUAUCUGCUAGUUCACAGCUCUUUGCCGUCUGCCAGCAGACGAUAA